AUGUUCGAUUUCAUGGAGUCCGAUCUCCAGCGAGCCAUCGCAGCCAACCUGUUGCAACCCAUCCAUGUGGAGUAUGUAACCUAUCAGAUUCUGAAGGCUUUGAAGUACGUCCACUCCGGGGGAGUCUUGCACCGAGAUCUCAAGCCGGCCAAUGUGCUGCUCAACUCGAAUUGCCACGUGCGUCUUUGUGACUUUGGCUUGGCAAGAACGGCCUUGCCCGUAGAGGUCCAAGCCACUGGGCCGCGCAACUCGGCUGCUGCUGACGAGGCAUUGCCAUUGCUGACGGACUACGUGGCCACUCGCUGGUAUCGAGCACCUGAGCUACUACUUGGGUCCACCCUCUACUCGGAGGGGGUCGACAUGUGGAGUGUCGGCUGCAUUCUUGGAGAAAUGGUUUCGGGCAAGCCCAUCCUUCGGGGAAGGUCUACCAUGGACCAGCUCGAGAAGGUCGUCGAACUGACUGGGAAGCCAAGCGAGCAGGAUUUGCGGCCCAUUACCACGACGUCCCAGUACGCUCGUACGAUGUUGGAGAAUCUUGGAAAUGUGCGCCAGAUGCCAUCUUCUGGCGUGCUGUUCCUCCUGAAGCUCCCGGCACAGGCCAAGACCCUGACCCUGAACCUGCUCAAGUUCAACCCAGAACGAAGGCCUUCAGCGGAGACUGCUCUCCAAGAUGUCUUCCUGGAAAAGUUUUACUUGCAGGAAGCCGAGCCUUUAUGUGACAAGAUGAUCCGGAUGCCAAUCAGCGACAUCACAAAGCUCAAGGCUUCAGACUACCGCGACCAGAUACAUGCAAUGAUCGUCCAGCGCCGCAAGCUUCAACAGGAGGAAGCGAGCAUUACGGCUCGCCGUGGUCGACAGAGUCUCCGCCGGGCGAGCUCCCGCUUCUCAGACGCUUCUGCUUCCAGCUUUCGGGAAGGUCCUCAGGUACCCUGGAGUCAUGAGAGUGGCGCAGCAGCGCCACCUUCAACUCCAAAGUGA